AUGAAUACGUCACUCUUCUUUAGGGAAGGCUAUAUAAACCCUAGAGUGGCACAAGCUUCCAUACAACACAACACAUACAUCAACAUACUAACCAUGAAGCUUCUUCAUGGCCUCGCUUUAGUUUUUCUAUUAGCUGCUGCGAGUUGCAACGCUGGUGAAGAAAUUACUUGCGAAGAGAACAAUCCAUUCACAUGUGUAAGAACUUCGCAAAAGACUUCAUCUUCGGUGUUGCAUCUUCUGCUUACCAGGCAUAUUGAAGGAGGGAGGGGUCGUGGUGUUAACGUUUGGGAUGGCUUCAGUCACCGAUACCCAGAGAAAUCAGGAUCAGAUUUGCAGAACGGAGACACUACUUGUGAGUCAUAUACGAGAUGGCAGAAAGAUGUAGAAAUUAUGGGCGAACUCAAUGCUACUGGCUACAGAUUCUCCUUUGCGUGGUCAAGAAUCAUUCCAAAAGGAAAGGUGAGUAGGGGAGUGAACAAGGGAGGUCUUGAUUACUACCACAAACUCAUAGACGCCCUCCUAGAGAGGAAUAUAACACCUUUCGUUACCCUCUUUCACUGGGACCUUCCUCAAACUCUCCAAGAUGAGUAUGAAGGUUUCUUGGACCGCCAGAUCAUACAAGAUUUCAAAGAUUACGCUGAUCUAUGUUUCAAAGAAUUUGGAGGAAAGGUGAAGCACUGGAUCACGAUCAACCAGCUAUACACA